AUGGGUCGCGACCCUGAGCUCGCCGAGAAGCACCGAUUCCAGGAUGCGAACGCAAGAGAGCAGCAGCUGCUGAUAUCACUCAAAUUGGCUGGAGAGGCUACCGCGAAGGCGCCCAGCGGACAGGCCUCGCCGGAGGGCCAACACCCUCUCCCCAAGCACCACCAUGACUGGAAGCAGUUGGGCUGGCGGGGGAAAAUCGUGGUCUUCUUGCACUGGAAGCACGUGCACUACUGCAUCAGUGGCCUCAUUGUGCUCGAUGCGCUGCUCGUCAUGGCAACGCUGCAAAUGCAGAUGGAAGUGUUUGCCUUGGAGAGUCUCUCAAAGACCCACUGUCUCCAGCUCUUUUUCUCAAACACUUCAUCAGUCGAUUCGCGGUGUGUCGUGGACCAUCCACAGCACGUUGUGGCGGAGCAUCUGGAGCAAGCAGAGCACAUUCUCGGCUACACAUCCAUUGUGAUCCUGGGCAUUUUCCUGUUGGAGAACACGCUGAAGAUGGUAGCCUUUGGGCGCAACUUUGCCAAGGUUCUGUUCUAUCCUUUGGACCUAUUGGUGGUUGUCCUUUCCAUCGGCAGCGAAGUCCUCAGCUUUACCAUCACCGAUGACCCUCGAUUGGAGGCUGCUGAGGAAAUGCUGGAGCCGAGCACGCUAACGAAUCGUGGGAGCAUUGCCAAGGAUGUGGGCGGAGCGGCUCACGUGGUUGGUGUCAUCAUAUUCGCCCGUUUCUGGCGAUUUUUUAGAGUUGGUCACGCUGUCUACUUCAUCGAGUCAGAGGAGGAUUCAGAGAAGCGCCUGGAGACGGAUGCUCAAAAGCAGAUGAAGGCUGAUGCGAGUGAGUCAUCUUCACGCUUCGGUGUAGAU